GGGAGCUGGUAUUGCAGAAAAUGGAGGUCACACUGGAUAUAAAUUACUAGCUCAUUUUAAUUGGCUGCUUUGUAGCCCUUGAUUUCUACAUAACGUUACCGGUCAACCCAGUCCGGGGCAUCGAGCGGGAGUCCCGACAGACCCAGAUUUCUCAAGGCAGGCAGGUCAAAUGACCCGCACCCCCACGCGCCCCUCACUGCACCCAUUCGAUGGUCACUCAGGGCCAGGACCAGUGUGGUUGCUAUGGUACUGGCCCCAUGCCUAUUGUCUGGUUGCUAUGGUCUGGGUUUGAUGGUCUUGCUACACUCAAUCGCUACAGGUCGAGCCGCUCUGAAGCCCUUGCUGUGAUUGGUUGCUGCUGUCUCCAGCCGCACACUUGCUGCAAGAUGCCUGCACUGACCCUGUUUUUACUGUAGCUUUGCCUUCCGGCUCUGCCUGUCAGCAUAUUCCCACCUCCCCCAAUUCCCCCCUGGCGUAGGCUCCCUGUCGAGGGGGCAGCCGCUGGUCGGCGGGCACUAUGGAGAAGCCGGAGCGGACUGUCGCAGUGGAAGAAGUGGAGGUGGCGGCGCCGGGCUCGGCUGAGAACAACAGGCAGCAGAAAGCCGAGGCCAAGCGGGAAAUUGUCUGGAGAAACGUCGCACUGAUGAGCCUGCUGCACCUUGGCGCCGUCUACUCGCUGUCUCUGCUCCCCCAGGCUCAUCCGCUAACAUGGCUGUGGGCUUAUUUUUGUUUCAUAGUUACUGCACUCGGAGUGACAGCUGGUGCCCACCGUUUAUGGAGCCACCGAUCUUAUAAAGCAAAACUGCCUCUGCGGAUGUUCUUGGCUGCUGCCAAUUCCAUGGCUUUUCAGAAUGACAUCUACGAGUGGUGCCGAGAUCACCGGGUACAUCAUAAAUACUCAGAGUCCAAUGCUGACCCUCACAAUGCCACCCGUGGAUUCUUCUUUUCCCAUAUUGGCUGGUUAUUUCUUCGGAAACACCCAGAUGUGGCAGAGAAAGGAAAGAAGCUGGAUGUUAGUGAUCUUCUUGCUGACCCUGUUGUUGUGUUCCAAAGAAAGUAUUACAAGACCUCUGUUUUAAUCAUGUGUUUCUUCAUGCCAACUUUUAUUCCCUGGUACUUCUGGGGAGAAAGUCUGUGGAAUUCCUAUUUUCUGGCUUCCAUCCUUCGGUACACGAUAUCCCUGAAUGUCACGUGGUUGGUGAACAGUGCUGCUCACAUGUAUGGAAAUAGACCCUACGACAAAUACAUCAGUCCUAGAGAAAAUCGCUUUGUUACAUUUGGAGCAAUUGGAGAAGGAUUCCACAACUAUCAUCACACAUUUCCAUUCGACUACUCAACAAGUGAGUUUGGUCUACGACUGAACCCAACAACAUGCUUUAUUGAUUUCAUGUGUUGGCUUGGCCUUGCAAGUGACCGAAAGCGAGCUUCUAAACAGAUGAUUGAAGCACGUAAACUAAGGACUGGGGAUGGCAGCAUUUAAAAGAAAAAUGAAGAAAAUCUCAAAGUCCAUAUGAAAAUUUCACUGAAAUUUGCAGUUAUUUUAAUCUGGAAAUAUAGUCAUCAUAUGUCAAGCUUGUGACUAUGACAAUGCAUCCAGCUUUGUUGCAGUUUCAUUUUUUUGCACUUAAUUCUUUCCACUCCAUGCUGGUGGAAGACAUCUUGCAUAUAUUUAUUUCUCAAACUGCAAAAGGCCUACUUAAUCUGCUUGCCAUGCUUUGAUGUAGUGACAGCAGACGUUCCAUGCAGUCCUGCAGUAUCUGAAGGAGAGAUUGUAUAUCAAUUAAGUUUGCUUUGCCCUCAGAUUUUAAAUUCAGUUAUGAUGAUAAAAUAAUGGAUUAAUGAAACAGAUUAGUGUAAUGAUUCCCCACUCUAGAAUACUGAUGCAGUAGCCUGCAACAUAAUUUCAUAGUGGUGGUCUUGAAAGGGAUAAACUGCAUGAAUUUUUUUAAUAUUAAUGCCAGUAAAGUCGUUAAUUUCACAUAUUUAGUUUAUUUAAACUUCAUACUGGAAAGUAGUUACUGAGGGGUAAGUGAAGGGCCUUGAAAUUUGGGUACAUGCAUAAAGGGUUGUUAAGACUCUUUGUGUAACUAGCAACAAAACAGUUUUAUUCAAUUCUGCUAAGGUGAUGUAAUGGACGAUUAAUUCUUAGGUGCCUCUUGUAUGACAAAGGAGAAUUGUUAAUUGGGGGAAAAGGAAUCUUUGAGGUUUAUUGGAUAUGGCACAUGUGUUCAAGGAAAAUACUCACAGCUUUUUGAUCGUUUUUGAAACCAAAUCAUGUAAGAUAAAUAUGAUUUGCAGAGUUGGACCUUGUGCAUAUAUGAACAUAUGAAUCAAGAUUGGUAGCAGACUACUUUCUCACUGGCAACGUGUAACUGCAGAAUAUGUGGUAUUUUGGAUACUUGGAGGAAAGCUUAAAGAAGAUUUGGUUUUUAGAAUGUUUCCUAAUUAAGUUAAAGCAUUCUAAUCUUUUGGCUGCUCUAUUCUUUGCUGUUUAUUAAAAUUAUACUUUUAUUUAUUUGGUUAUGAUUGGGACUAAUUAUGUAAAGGAAAUGAAAUUUUAAAAUCAAAGUUGUUAAAACAUUUUGAGGAGCAUAGCAAUCAAGAAGAGUUAUUAAUUCAGAAAAACAGAAAAAUAUUUAGGCAGGUAAUAUGUCCACCUCAUACACAUGGGCCACUGUUGACAGUGAGUUCCAGGCAAUGUGUUAUUGGUUCAGACUAUCUCAACUCAACUUGUGCCUCUAAUGUUAGAAGACAUUUCCUUUAAAGGAUUCUAUUUGUUAUCACCCUGAUUGCUGCCAAUCACACUGUGUAUGAGAAAGAAGGAGAAUCUUAAGGAUGGAGGUUCUGGUAUGCUAGGGGCACAAACACAUGAUGUGAAAUAAAUAAAUCAUUCAGUAAAACCUUACAAUAUAACAGCAACUUGACAUCUGUCCAACCUUAUCCUUCUGUGGUCUCAAAGGACCGUUGAACAGUGAAUCAAAAUUGAGAUUAUAGAUAAAAUCUUCCCUUCAGUGAUAUGGCGACAGUAAUGGUGAAUGUGGUGACAAAAUAGGGUGACAAUGAAACAAAUAAAUUCUUCACCUCAAGAAGCGUUUUUUGAUAUUUCCGUCAAGCCUCGAGUGGCAACAUCAGAAUUUCAUCCUUGAGCCACAGCUACUUUAUUUCUAUGCAUUUGCAUCUAAUUAAAGCCCCAACUCACUCUCUUUAUAUCACACCUAAUUCUCCACUCCUGUUAAUUGCCUGGCCUGGCCACCAUGCUGCAGUAACCUCUGCACAACAUCAGUGCAUCAUACCUGCAACACCACAAUGUUUCCUGACUCUUCGUCUCAGAACUCUGCUGUGACAAAUCAUUAACCCCACCACAUCCAGCAUGCCUGCCCGUGGACUAACUCUGCCACAAACCACUUUCAGGCUUUUUUGGAGUUGACUAACACCUGCGUCUUGCAUGCUUCUCCAGAUCACUUUAUGCUCAGGGACGUCUGUGUAUCUUUUGCAUCUAUAUGGGAUGCUUUUGUGCUGGUGCGAACAUGUAAGCAUCUUAUGGCUGUUAGCUUUCUAGGUGCUGGCUGACUUUAGCACCUACUUGAUACUGCCAGCCUUUGUAGGUCGCAUUGCUUUCUUAGCACAGUGAAAAGACCUUUGAGUGCUCACUUACAGGCUGCUAACUCUGCAGUUUACCUUGGUUUUCAGUGUAGGGAGAGAGAAACAGUUGGUGUUAUUGGGGAGCACUGAAGAGUAAAUGUUUCAGUCAUAUUACAGUAUGGCACCAUGCAACAUCAAAAUCAGAGCUGCAGCACGAGCCAGCUGCUUAAACGCCAAACAUACUCCAUGUGCAUGUAAAUGGCGAUUUGUGAAAAUCAAUGGAGAAACAUCUGUAGUUGGGUGAAGGGAGCCUACUGUCAAUAAGGGGAUACCUUUCAAGUCAUAUACCAUCAGUUAAGGGUCUUAUCCAAUUACCGUAGGGUAGAGACCGUGGUGAAUCAUGCUGGUCAAGUGCAACCAGUUUGGGGACUACAGGUGAGUCUGUCAGGUGCAGUUAAGGCAUCAGUCUUGGGAGGGAGGUAAGACGAUUUUACCUCAACUGUGGCAAAGAGGGAUAGAGUGUAAUUGAAGUGAUUGCAACCACAGUUAGUGGUCAUGCAUGCACAGGAAAACUAGUUAAUUAUCCUCAGUGAAUGAGUAGGCAACGUCAAGAGCAGAAAGCAUUAUUAGUUUGGGAGGAUGAGGUAGUGAGAGCCCUUGUUGUUCAUCGGCCUUGGUGAGAUGCAUGUGCAGUGUUAGACUGUGUGCUGGCCCCUGCGUGAGAAAUAGCAGAGAAAAUGGUGCUACUGACUUGUAUGAAGCUCAGAAGAUCAUUGACCCUCUUGAAGCACUGCUGAUCAUCCCUUUUCUCACAGUACACAGCACGGACCGAUGCUACAAUUUCUUUCCAGGCUGGCUGAGCGUAUUGGCUUGAUCUUCUUUGGCUGUCAACAGAGAAAGGGAUACCUCCACCACUUCGUGCACCAGUACAUCCAUAUUUCUGUCCUGGAAACUGGGAGCUAGUUUGCCUUUCUUCUUAGAUAAUUUGAGAUUAAGUAGAGUUAAGCUGUACUGUUUGAGGUAGUUCUAGGUUUGUGGCAUCUUAAGUGGUGUGUAGCUGAGCUUUAAAUGAUGAAUCUGAGGCAUGCAGCCUGAAAGAUCUUGCACCUUCUCCUCACUUGCCCACACUGUUUUCUUACGAAGCCUGCUGAACAGCUCAGAAGCGUAAUUACUAAGGUGAAAAGCAAAAGAUCACAUAAGACCUUAUAGAACCUUUGUUCUAUAUAUUGUGAUGUGUCACAUGUUUUAUUUAUGGAUUAAAUAGUAUAUCCACUGUUCUCUAUUGUUAUUCUUCAUUAAUAAUAAUGCAAGAAAUUACCUAGAAUAUUUUCUUUUCGUAUCUGAAUAAACCAAAGUCUGAUCUUGCAAUUGCUUAUGGAUUUGACCACAGUUAAAUAAAUUUAAAAUAUGGUAGAGUAGAAGAAAUGUUCAUCAGUCAAAUUUCAAGGACACAUUUGUAAAAUUGACCACAAUUUAGAUUAUAAUUAGCAUGAGUCUUAUGAUCUAUAACAGGCAAUAUCGCACAGAACGAUGAUCUGUGAAUUUCAGUUCCUGUAACCAGCACAUGGCUAAAUUGCCUGCUUGCUAAAAGGAGAAUAUUUAAAGAAAGUUUACAGCACCAUUCUUCUGCGUCACCUAAUUGUGUAUAAAAGAAUAAUACUUGGCCUGAGAUGGCUGUAGUGUAUUUUGUCUAUAAUUGGUGCCUGAUCUUGGAACCUACUAACAGGAAAGGGAGUAUAAAGUAUUUUGACUGAAUAGCUUAGUGGGUUUUUUCUCAGUGAUUAGUUGAAUCAUUCAGAACAGGAGGAUCCCAAGUUUGAAUUAUAUUGUGUUGAGUCAGCUGAUUUCAAACAAAGUGUGUACUCUGCUGACCUCAGUGUGUGCAUUAUGGGGGCGAUAAAAUCAGCCUUUUUUCCUGCUCCUAUCUGCUAUCCUGUGAUCCUUAUUGAAAGUGCAGUAAGUGGACAUGAGGUGUUGGCCUGCACUGUGAAGUUCCCAAGGCCAAAUAACUUGCAGAACUUAGCUCAUGCACUAAUAUAUACUUACAGCAGAAUAUUCUCUUAAGUUAUUCAGAUGACUCAUCGGUCACCUACUUCAGUGAUAUCAAUUUUUUUUUUGUCCUUUUUAUCAUCUCUGACCACCCUCAAUGUAUUUGACAUUUUGGGUUUUCAUAUUUGUUAAUACUAAAUGCUCAUAGUAUCUUGCUCUUUUGAACAUUUUGCAAUGACUAUGUUUGGACCCCCGAUACAAAAUUCUCAAACAGGAGUUUUUUUAAAGAGCUGAAUGCUAUUCACUUGAUUCAGUUGAAUGUGUUUUGUAGGAAUGCCAAAAUCUGACUUGAAUCCUGUCAUCAUUGUUCUGUUGGUUUGCUGAUCCUGAUACCAAACUGCUGUCUUGGUGAGUGGUGGUAUGUGUGGUGACUACUGACGGUGGUCAAAGAGUAAUUUAUGACACUAUCUGCUAAUUGUAGUGAGAAAUGUAUAUAGUGAAGGCCUUAUUGUAGCUGGAGGUAAUAUAAAUAGUUGAUAAACAAUGCCAAUUCCAGAUUACUCUAUUGCCUAGACCAUUCCUCCUCUUGGCACUGGUAAGUGUGAAAAUGUGUUAGUGAAUUAUAAUUUUUUCAUUACAAAUUUUCUUUCAGAUGUAUUUUUGCAUGUCAAAUUUUGGCUGAUUUGUAUAGUACAGUCUGAGAAUUGUCAAUUCUGUAGCAUCUUCUUUAUUUGCAGUACUAAUGAAAUGAAUUGUAAAGAUGUUUAAUUUUUAUGGCAUUGAUAUAAUUUUACUUAUAAAUGAGGAUCCUGUCCUCGUGCAUAAUAUGCCACCUGUUUGGAAAAGAGUCUCAUUCUGUGAACUUGUAUCCAACUCUAGUUUACAGGAACUGAUAGAUAAUUAAAUAUCAAUCUGUAAAUAAAUGUGCUUUGCAUAAUUUAAUUCAGUAAGGAGACCUAUCUAAUUUAAACUUGAUCAGUGUUCCUAAUGUUCGCUCUCAGCUAUAAACCCACACUGGUAAUCCUUUUGAGUUUUAAUAUUUUAGUGUAUUUGCCACUAAACACAAGUUUCCAAAUAAUGAGAGGAGGUAAAUAAGAAUGAAAACAAAUAUGCACAUCGAGUUGGCUGUGAAGUAACUCCAGAUGCACUGCUCUAUUCAACCCUAUGGAAUGUAGGUGAACUAACAGAAUUAAGAAACAAUUUAGCAAAGUCACACAAACCCAUUAGGUUUGAUUUAGUCAGUUGAGAUGAGGUAGUGUUUCUGUUACCAGCAAUCAAGUAUUAUUUCUUAUUUCUUUGUAUGAGCAAAAUGCCCAUAAAUCUCCAAGUAAAACAAGGUAUUCUUUGAAACAAAUACAAGCCUAUGCAAUAUAAGGAAAUAUCUGGAAAAUUAUUCCCAUCUAUUUAUUGCAUAGUUUGCUGUAUUGCCCCCUAACCUAUGUUGUCCUUACCCCCCUAAAUCCCAGUAGUAGUGUUGAGAAAGUUGGUGUACUAGCCACACCUGUCCAGAAACCUGUGCUGUUGACCUGUAAGGGAAAUAACUUGGCCAAACUCUGAGUAAAAUCAGAAGUAGCUUUCUCAUAUGUGUUCAUAGAAGAAUAUACCAGAUAGUGUAUUUAUGUAUUUUUAUUCAUCACCAUAAUCACGAUGUUGGGCUUGUAAAGAUCAUGGAAGGCACUAGCGCACUUUUAAGACAAUCCUUUUUUUUGAAAUUUGGCCUGUGAAAAUUGAAAUAAAAUGAAAACGAAGACCAGAAACAACCUGUUUUGACCAGUUUAUUACAGCAAAUAUUGUUUGCAUAAUUCAAAAUGUGAUGCUGUCCCAUUAAGCUAAAUAUCGAGUUUGAAAAUCAUUUAAAAUAAAUGCUGCUAAAUUUGUCUUGUUGUGAGUGUAAUUGUCAACAUUCUGACCACAGUAAUAAAGAGAUUCACUUCAUUUGAA